AUGAAGCUCUCACAAUCAAUCGCUUCAAUCCUGUCUUUGACAGCUCAGUUCGCUACGGCGGAGCUCAAAUGUCGCCCCGAAAGUCCUGUUCUCCCAAGACCAACAGCCCUCGCCAAGUCACCAAUCUUCCAAGCAGCCGCGGCCAACUUGACUGAAACUCUCAACGCAGCUCUCUCAGGCUCAAUCGCUGCAGGAUGGCCCAUAGAGAAUGUCUCGUUCUCACUUGCAGCCGUAGGCGCGGGUCAAGACGACCCUGGUGUGCCGAUAUGGGAGUACCAUCAUCUUGCAGCUGCCAACACAAAGGGUACCAAGAAGCUCGAUAGAGCUUCUCAGUAUCUCAUCGGAUCUAUAACAAAGGUGUUUACGGAUUAUGUGCUCCUAAAGAGCGGUAUGGAUCUUGAUGCGCCGGUUACAGAGUAUCUUCCGGAGCUUGAUGGGAAGUCCAAGAUUCAGUGGAGGGAUGUGAGUUUAAGGAUGCUGGCUUCGUACUUGGGUGGUACGCCAGCAAACUAUGGGUUCUCAGACUUUUACCUCCUAAAAGAAGUCUUCCUUGCAUAUGGUCUUCCGCCCAUUGAGGACGGCGACUAUCCACCAUGUGGUGUUGUAGGUCUCAACAAGGGUUGUACAGGACAAGAGAUUUUGUCAGGAAUGAAAGAGUCUUACCCCCAGACUGCUCCCAACGAGAGGCCAGCGUACUCAAACAUGGCCUUUGUCAUCCUUGGUAUGGCUCUUAAGGUGUAUACCGGUAAGACCUAUGCACAGUUACUUGAAGGAAUUGUUUCAGGUCCCCUGGAUAUGAACAAUACUUUUCCUUCGCCUGGCCAUGAUGAUAAGGCGGUAAUUCCGUCUGGGGAUAGCAGCUGGGGCUCGGACUACAAAUUGAACACUCCUGCAGGGGGGUUGGUCUCCUCUCUUGCUGAUCUCUCAAAGUUCUCACAUGCCUCGCUAUCAAGAACCUUGAACAUGACUUCAACGGAGAUCAACGGCUGGCUCAAGCCCAGUGCCUUUGCAGGUAAUGCAUACACCUUGACUGGCAUGCCUUGGGAAAUACUGCGUCUAUCAAGCCUCACGCCAGACCAUCCUCAUGCUGUUACUGUCUAUGGUAAGAGUGGCGGUGCGCAGAACUACAGAAGUCAACUCAGCUUUGUUGAUGACUACGGUCUGGCGAUCAUCAUCUUGACUGCUGGUCCGAUGAAGGCAGCGCCUAUUCUUACAAAUGCUAUGCUUUCGACUUUUGUUGCCGCUGCGGAUGAAGUAUCGCGUGAGCAGUCAAAGAGAUUUGAGCAGAGGUACAUGAGCGGCCAAGCCCACAGUGUUCUCAUUGAGGCAGCACUGGAGCAGGACGAGGACUCAUUAGUCCUCGCGUCGCUUCAUCGCAACAACACAGAUAUUCUCUCUAGUCUUACGGAUAUCUGGGGACUUACACUAGGCGAUUUUCUUCCAGAAGUUGGACCCAAGAUCCGAGUGUUUCCCAGUCAACUUCGUGAGAAUGCGACAUUGGAUGGGAAGCCUGUUGUGAAGGAGGUAUGGCAUUUGUGGCCUGACCUCAACUCGGGGUUUGAAACGGAUGUUCCUGGGAAUAAGAUUGAAGAGAUGAAUUGUGUCGGCUGGUCGAUUCAGGAUUGGGUUCAUUAUGGUGGUGAGUCUCUGGACAGAGUGUUGCUGUAUGUUGGCCCAUCAACAACCCUCGUCCUCGACAACGGCGCCUCCACCAUAAAAGCCGGCCUCAUCCACUCCUCCACGAUCCCCUCCGAACCCCGGAUCAUCCCCAACGUGAUCGCCCGCGACCGCACGCGCAAGAUCUACGUCGCAUCCGAGCUAGAAAAAUGUCGCGAUUUCGGCGAGAUACAGUUCAGACGGCCUGUUGAGAAGGGGUUUAUUGUCAAUUGGGAGGCGCAGAAGGAGAUUUGGGAUAGGGAGAUUUUCGAGAGGGAGGAGUUUGAGCCUAAGGAUGCGAGGUUGAUACUCGCUGAGCCGCCGAAUGGGCUGCCGAUUUUGCAGACGAAUUGUGAUCAGAUUGUUUUCGAGGAGUAUGGCUUUGCGAGUUACUAUCGGGGGAUAGGCUCGACGUUCAAUGCGUAUCAUGAUGUGCAGAAUAUCUUUCGAACGCCGCAAGAGGCUCCUACGGUCGCUAACACUCCCGCCGAAGCCGUCAUGGUCAUCGAUUCCGGAUAUUCGCAUACAACCAUUACACCAGUCCUUCGCGGCCAACCAUUACAAUCUGCGAUCAAACGACUAGAUGUCGGCGGCAAGGUUUUGACAAACUACCUCACACGAUUGAUCUCUCUGCGACACUUCGAUAUGCGUAACGACACAUACAUCGUCAACGAGAUGAAAGAAAUAUCAUGCUACGUCUCCGCCGAUUUCAAAGCCGAUCUCGAAAAGUCAUGGAAGGGAACGAGAGGCGAACGUCGACCAGAUUAUUUGUCCGGCGGCGGUAUUGCCAAGGACUACAUUCUUCCUGAUUUCCACACCCGCUUUAAAGGAACUCUCGUCGACUACGACCCCGCGCGACACUCCAAAUCCCGAAAACUAGCAGCCCAGUCCGAAGAAGACGCUCUCACGCUACGCAACGAGCGUUUCACCGUCCCCGAAAUCCUCUUCAACCCUUCAGACGCUGGGAUCCGACAACCCGGUCUCGCAGACCUCGUGUACGAAUCCCUACAAGAACUGCCCAUUGGUCUCUGGCCUGCUCUACUAGCCAACAUUAUCGUUGUUGGUGGAAACACGCAUUUUGAUGGGUUUAUUCAGCGGCUGCAGAAGGAGGUUGUGCAGAGGGUGCCGGAUGAUUGUAUCGUUAGGGUUGCGAGGCCUGCGGAUCCGGUUACGCAUACUUGGUUUGGGGGUGCGAAUCUGGCGUGUCAUACGAAUAUUGAGAGGUUGGCUGUUACGAAGGCGGAGUAUGAGGAGCAUGGUGCUUCGUGGGUUGCGAAGAAGUUUGCUGCUGGGUUGGGGACUUGA